AUGUUUAGUGUUGUACAGAAAACGAUCGUAUGUAACAUCUCAGCUGUGACUCGACUCACAGUGCUGUCUAUAAACAAGCCCGACAACCAUGCAAAUUUUUCCGUGACUCCUGUUAAUUCAGCAUUCUCACCAAAUCGAUCCUCUGGUCUUGAUUAUAUAAGAACUCGACAUCUCAAUAAGGGUCAGGCAUUUACUUUAGAGGAACGCCAGUAUCUUGGCAUAGAAGGUCUAAUACCUCCUGAUUAUAAAACUCAAGAACAACAAAUAGAAAUAUGCACAUUAGCAAUCGAAAGAUUUGCUGACCCUUUAAAUAAAUAUUUAUUUUUAAGUGAAUUACAUGAAAGGAACGAGAGGCUAUAUUACAGUUUCUUAGCAUCAGAUGUUGAAAAGUAUCUACCGAUAGUAUAUACGCCGACUGUCGGACUAGCAUGUCAAAAGUUUGGUUAUACUUACAGAAAACCUAAAGGCAUGUUCGUCACUAUAAGAAAUAAGGGGAGAGUUUUUCAACUUCUCAAAAAUUGGCCAAUUAGUGAUGUCUAUGCUAUUGUAGUAUCGGAUGGAGAAAGAAUAUUGGGCUUAGGAGAUCUAGGAGCUUUCGGUAUGGGUAUACCGAUUGGCAAGUUGGCGUUGUACACCGCGCUGGCGGGAGUUAAGCCACACAGAUGCCUUCCUAUUUUGUUGGAUGUUGGUUGUAAUAAUGAGAGUUUGCUGGUUGAUCCAAUGUACAUUGGUUUACGUCAAAAACGAAAGGCUGGUAAAGAAUACGAUGACUUCAUAGAAGAGUUUAUGCAGGCAUGUGUCCGGCGAUUUGGUCGACACAUAUUAAUACAGUUUGAAGAUUUCGCCAGGGAUAAUGCAGUUAAUCUUCUUCAAAAGUACCGAAAUGAUUACUGCGCAUUUAACGAUGACAUUCAGGGUACCGCAUCAAUAAUUGUAGCUGGUAUAAUUGCAGCUUCAAAAGCAGUAAACAAAAAAAUAUCACAAAAUGUAUUUCUCUUUUUGGGAGCCGGCGCCGCUGGUGUCGGUAUAGCAGAUUUAUUGGUUAUGAUUAUGAUGGAGGAAGGUAUAAGUAAGAAGGAAUGUGAAGACAAGAUCUUCUUAUUCGAUGUUGAUGGUCUUCUGGCAAAUAAACGGCCUGGCGGUGUACCUAAUCAUGCCAAGCACUUUGGAAAGGAUUUGGCACCUUCGAAAGAUUUCGCAGCGGCCGUUGUGAGCCUAAAACCAACAUGCUUGAUUGGUGUUUCGACAGUGGGCGGCGCCUUUACACCUCAGAUUUUAAAACAAAUGGCAAAAAAUGCAGAACGGCCAUUAAUAUUUGCUCUCUCAAACCCAACUUCGAAAGCCGAGUGUACAGCCCAAGAUGCCUAUGAUAACACAGAGGGUCGCUGCAUUUUUGCAUCUGGUUCUCCUUUCCCACCUGUUAAGUAUGGUGGUAGAGAGUACCACACGGGUCAAGGCAACAAUUCCUAUGUAUUCCCUGGAGUGGGCUUAGGUGUAAUAUGUGCUAACAUUUCUGUUAUAAGUGAUGCAUUAUUCCUUACGGCUGCCAAGGUUGUGGCAAAUAAUGUAACAAGCGAGGAUAUUAAACUUGGCCGUGUUUUUCCAUCCCUCAAAAAAAUACGGAAUGUGUCGCUUCAAAUUGCAUUAGCAGUUGCAGAAAAGGGGUAUCAAACUAAUGUUGCUGGUCUCAAUCCAAAACCAAAAGAUCUAGAGCAGUAUAUUAAAAAUGAAAUUUACAAAUUAAAAUAUCCUUGCCUCAUCCCAGAAAUUAUUAAGUAUCCCGAACAGGAGUACAAGAUGAAGUUGAACAGAAGAAAGUACAAGUUCCAUAGAGUCAUUGACAACUUCAUGAUUCAGGGUGGAGAUUUCACCAAAGGAGAUGGGACUGGAGGCCGAAGCAUUUAUGGUGAGCGCUUUGAAGACGAAAACUUUAAUUAUGGUGCUGGAUGGUUGUCUAUGGCUAAUGUUGGCAAGGACACCAAUGGAUCUCAGUUCUUUAUCACCACCACUAAAACCACUUGGCUAGAUGGCCGACAUGUUGUAUUUGGAAAGGUUUUAGAAGGCAUGGAUGUUGUACGUAAGAUUGAAAAGACUACUACAGGGGCUAAUGAUCGACCUGUUAAGGAUGUCGUUAUUGUUAACACCAUAGCAGAAGAAGUUGCAGAACCUAUCAGUGUCUCAAAAGAUGAUACUUUUAAAAUUUAUAAAGAUUCUGAAAAUAACACGAAGUAUCACUGCACAAGACUAUGUAAUCAAGCUCUAGGAGAGAAAAACAAAAACCUAUCUUCCUGUACACCUCCCGAGUGUGACCUAACUAUUGGCAUGAAGACAUACAUUGUAAAAGGACUUUUGACAAGAAGGUGUCUUUUAACUUGCGAAGUUAACUUAAAAGGUAACUCUGGGAUCGUUUUACUAUUGUGGCAAGAUAAAGAAGUGUAG